GGAGAGAUAUCUACUCCUUGCAACACAUGUAGUGGGGAUGGACGUGUGAGGAAAUCGAAACGUAUAAGCUUAAAAAUCCCCCCUGGUGUAGAUUCAGGUAGCCGGCUAAGGGUUCGGUCUGAAGGUAAUGCAGGAAGGAGAGGUGGACACCCAGGCGAUCUUUUUGUUACACUAGAAGUUCUCCCAGAUCCUGUAUUAAAGCGAGAUGACACCAAUAUUCUCUACACUUGCAAAGUUUCUUAUAUUGAUGCAAUUUUGGGGACAACAAUGAAGGUGCCCACGGUAGACGGAAUGGUUGAUCUAAAGAUUCCAUCUGGUACCCAGCCAGGCACAACACUGGUAAUGGCGAAAAAAGGUGUGCCUCUUCUAAACAAACCUAACAUGAGGGGCGACCAGCUAGUGAGAGUGCAAGUUGAGAUUCCGAAACGGGUGAGUGGUGAGGAGAGGAAGCUCAUUGAAGAACUAGCCAACUUUAAAAAGGCUAAGGCUACCAGCAGUAGGAAAUAGCUGAAGGAGCUGCAUCUUCCUCACUUUUGAAUAAUCUUAUAUACGGGGGUGUUUGGGUUUUGGGAUAUUCCUUUGUUUGCUCCAAAAAAUAACAGACCACAAUUUUAAGAUUGAUCCCUCAUCAAUCUAUAUGUAGCAUAGUCGUGUAUUAGGGAACACUUGAGGGUUGAUUUAUUAACAUGUACUAUAGCUAGGGGUGACAAACGGGCAGGUCGGGCGGAUAUGGGCGGAUAAAAAAUGGGUAAUGCAAAAACGGAUAAAUUAUCUGGCCUAACUCAUAUUUAAUAGGGAUAAAAAACGGGUUAAUCGGCGGAUAAUUUGGAUAUCCAUAUUAUCCAUGACUUCUAGAAUAUGAUCACUUUUGGGAGAAUUAAGUCUCCCAAACUUGAGGAACUUCCAAUUAGAAGCUUUAUAAAUGUAAAAGUUAAACACACUAGUUAUUCAUUGUCUAAGUGGAAAAUAUGGUUCUUAUUCAUAUU